AUGCCUACGACGCAGUCUUCUAAGCUAGAGAAAUACCGUCAAAUGGCCACUGAGUCUCUUAUUCGAACAUCGAGCGGCCAAGCGGCCCUCGAUUACACUGUACAGGCCGCUGAGCUGUAUAUGAGAGCUGCUGGAGAGGCUCCUACUAAGAAGGAUGCUACUCGUUUGCGGCAGAAAUGUCAACAACUCAUUGCUCAGGCAGAAAAACUCAAGGCUCAUCUCACACAGACGCCCAAUGUCCUGCUACGAACCUCACGCCUUCAUGGCAACCUCUUUCCCCCGUGGUCAAAUGAGCCUUCAAGCAAAGACUUUGAACUUCCUCCAGGCGAGGGACCUUUCACAGACAAUGCUACCUUUACAUUGUCGCCUAGGCAGGAUGCUACCUUUGGUGGGUGGAAGCGCCCAAGAGACCUGCAUCCAGAUCUUGACCAGGACGAUGAUGCUUUGAUGAACUCCAGCCGCGGCUGUGAUCUUGUUCAGGACGUGACAACCGAUUGUUCAGUGGUCGCCAGCCUAUGCGCUGCCAUGCGCAUCUUGACCGGCCGACACUCGGUUCUAACGUCUAUUUUGUACCCUUUCGACAAAGCACGAGGGAUACCCAAAGUUUCCUCUUCAGGCAGAUACGUGCUGAAGCUGUACUUCAACGGAUGCUUUCGCCGUGUUGUCAUCGACGAGCGGCUUCCCUCGUCUAUCACCGAUCGCACCCUGUACGUCGUUGACCGACUGAACCCUCAGCUGAUCUGGCCGGCACUUUUAGAGAAAGCCUACCUCAAAGUAAGAGGCGGUUACGACUUUCCAGGAAGUAAUUCUGGCACAGACUUGUGGGUACUCACCGGCUGGAUCCCCGAACAGAUAUUUCUUCAAAGGGAAGACCUGGAUAUUAACGAACUGUGGACACGGAUAAAGAACGGCCAUGAUUCCGAGAAUGUUGUCGUCACACUGGGCACAGGAAGAAUCUCAGAUGAAGAAGAGGACCUUCUAGGCUUAAUUGGUGAACACGACUAUGCUAUCAUGGACCUCGAGGUUGUAGAUGGCAGCCGAAGGCUGUUGGUCAAGAAUCCUUGGUGCGACGGGCCAGUCUGGAAAGGAGGUAUUUCAAAACUUCCCGAGACUGAGUUGGCACCACAAACGAUAGACUCUCGAAACAGAGCCGCACCCACAAUUGCUGGCUCAUUUUGGAUGACUCUCGAAGAUGUCCUCCAGCACUUUGAGUCCAUGUAUCUCAACUGGAACCCAUCGCUCUUCCCCCACCGACAGGAUCACCACUUCACCUGGCACAUACCAACCCCAGAGCUAUCUUCAUCCUUGGUACGCAAUCCACAAUAUUCGCUGCAGUCACCCACCGGCGGACCUGUAUGGAUCCUUGUAAGCAGGCACUUUGUAGAUGCUGAGCUCGAAAUCUCUCGCAACAGGAAUGACACAAUGGCAGCCGUCUCAGGGCAGCUUGGGUACAUGAGCAUCCUCAUAUUUGACAACAAUGGCCAUAGGGUUCAAGUCAGCGAUGGCGACCUUUACCGUGGACCUUAUGUUGAUUCGCCACAAACCCUUGCACGGUUUGAAAUGAGUCCAAAGAAACGGUAUACCGUUGUCAUUGAUCAGCACGAGUUUCCGCUGCCGGACUACACCCUGACCCUUUCCUUUCUAUCGCAAGGCCAACUUGCAGUUAAGGAGGCCGAAGAUACAAUGACGGUCGUAAAAGAAACCACUGGAUCGUGGACCAGAAGGUCUGCAGGGGGUAGCGCAGCCUGCACAACAUACACCCUUAACCCGCAGUACAAAAUAUCGCUUGCUCAAGCAGGCCCUCUUUCCAUAUUAAUUUCAACCAGUAUGCAGGAUGUCCACGUGCACAUUGACUUGGUCUGGUCUCAGGGCAAGCGGGUUCAGACGCUCAAGGUUCGCGAUCUAGCAGGUUCAUCUGGAGAAUAUCGGAGAGGCUGUGCAGUGGCAAACAUUCCACACGUUGAUGCCGGAGUGUACACUCUGGUAUGCUCGACCUUUGAAGCAGGACAGCUUGCCGACUUUUUCCUUCGCAUCUCAUCCAUGACAGAUGUGACUAUACAGCCUGUUCCCGCUGAUGCUGCGGGGAGAUUGCGCAAGACACUCGCCCCCUUUAGACUUUCCGAUCGAGCAGAAGUCCGGCGGGUACAGAUUUCAGCUUCUUGGUUAACUCGGAUCAGCAUCACUGCACGAAGCGUCUGCAGCCCUGGCCUGGAUCCCAGUAACCGGUCCUCAUCCACUCUCAUGGUCCGAGUUUCAGUGGCUCAUGGUUGGGACCCAGAGCGAACCACGAUCGCAACAUCGGGAGAUGGCGAGUACGAGGAGCUCAAAACCGUUGUACGAACCCCGGAGUUAGACAUGGAACCUGCAAGGAUUCAACGUGAGGGUAUGUGGUUGGUGGUUGAGAGUAUGGGCAUAUCUCAACCGGGAGAGUGCAUUGAAAUAGAAAUCCACAGCGACGGACCCGUCAAUGUUGGGUCUUGGGCACUCUUAUAG